UUAUGAUGUAAUAAUUAUGAAUUUACAGUCAAUGAAUGAUAUAUUGAAGAUUUAUUUUUUAUACAAAUCUAGCAUUUGCAUCCGCUGUUAAUUAUGAAAAAAAGGUGUUGCUCGUGCUCGUGCCUCUCCAGAUUUAGGGCCGUAUUCAGGCCCCAUGACAUCGAACCUUUAGAGAGACCACGACCACCUACCACUGCCACAGGGGAGGAUUUCGGCGUUCCGGUAUUGACAAUCCACAAUGUGGAUCCUUGCAUCGAAGAAAACGGCGAGAAUCAUCGGACAUCCAGAUACGAGCUGAUGACCCGUCAGGAUGACAGAGCGAGACUCGUCGUGAGACGUGGCCAGGAAUUUUAUCUGCACCUGAGUCUAUCUCGAGACUAUAAUUCUUCCAUCGACGGUAUUUCUAUGGUCUUUACUUUGGACGGCAUCGAGAAGCCGCAAUAUGGACACGGGACACUGGUGGCAACCGCUCUUCUCUAUCCCGGAGAGAUUUCCGAAGCUGCUUGGCAGACCACCAUAGACGCCAGAGGACCGCAUUUCUUAAGAAUAAAGGUUGUGACGUCCCCAAACGCAAUUAUAGGCAGAUGGAAAAUAGAUAUCGAUACCAAAAACAAGGAAUCCGAAGGUGCUGUCAGUUACACGAUGGAUCAUCCGUUUUACCUGAUCUGUAAUCCAUGGUGCACAGAUGACGUGGUAUAUUUGGAUGAUGAGGCCGAACGUCAAGAGUAUGUAAUGGCGGAGGACGGUUUAAUCUGGCGCGGCAGUCACAAUCGUUUACGACCCACUGUGUGGAAAUACGCGCAAUUCGAACGUGAUAUUUUGGAUUGUGCCUUGCACCUGAUGAACUACGUUGGCAAGGUCCGCGUCUCCGGCAGGAAUGAUCCGGUCAUCAUAACGCGUUGUUUAUCCGCCGCGGUGAACUCCCCUGACGACAAUGGGGCGCUGAUGGGAAAUUGGUCGGACGAUUACGGGGGCGGCACACCACCUACCAGAUGGAUGGGCUCGCAGAAAAUACUCCAGCAAUAUUACAAGACGAAGAAGCCGGUCAAAUACGGACAGUGCUGGGUUUUCUCCGGUGUACUGGCGACGAUUUGUCGUACUCUUGGUAUACCUUGUCGAGUAGUGACCAACUAUUCGAGCGCGCAUGAUACUCAGAGCAGCUUGACCGUGGAUUACUUUGUGAAUGCCGAAGGCAAGCUUAUGGAGGAGCUCAACAGCGAUUCUAUAUGGAAUUUCCACGUCUGGAACGAAGUGUGGAUGAAGCGGUUGGAUUUGUCGCCGGAUUGUUCGGGAUGGCAGGCUAUCGAUGCGACUCCUCAAGAACUGAGCGAAGGCGCGUAUCGUUGCGGACCGGCAUCGGUGGCUGCCGUAAAAAAGGGAGAAGUCCUGCGUCCGUACGACAACGCGUUCCUCUUCGCCGAGGUGAACGCCGAUAAAGUCUUUUGGCGUUACAAUGGGCCCACGCAACCCUUGAAAUUAGUUCGCAAGGAUAUGCAUGGCAUCGGCCAGCUGAUCAGCACGAAAGCAGUUGGGAGAUGGACGAGAGAGGACAUCACGCAUACCUACAAGUAUCCAGAAAAGUCUGAUGAAGAACGUGCUGCCAUGUUGAAAGCAUUGCGCCAGAGCGAAUCUUUAUUUAGCCGUUAUUAUCUCAACGAAGAGUUCAACGAUGUCAUGUUCACUUUCGAACUGCGCGAUGACAUUAUAAUUGGACAGCCAUUUAGCGUUGUAUUAUUGAUAAAAAAUCGACAUUCAACGAUGGAGUAUCACGUAUCCGCAAUUCUGAGAGUGGAAACAGUAUUAUAUACUGGCCGGGUAGGUGAUCCGGUGAAAAGAUUGCACGUCAAUAGACUAGUUCGACCUGGUGUGCUCGAGGAAAUUCGCAUGGACGUUUCCUGGGAGGAAUACGGUCCGAGAUUAUUGGAUCAAUGUGCUUUCAAUAUCUCCUGUCUCGCUACCGUGAAGGACACGAACUUCGAGUAUUUUGCACAGGACGAUUUUCGCGUCAGGAAACCGGAUAUUAAAAUUACGUUACAUAAUGAAGCAGUCAUCGAUCAAACCCUCAAUGCUUCGGCCAAAUUUCGCAAUCCACUACCUAUUCCUUUGAGGAAGGGUAGGUUUCUUAUCGAGGGGCCUGGUCUGGACGAGCAGUUGAAGUUAAAGUUGUCGGAGCCUGUCGAAGUGGAUGCAGACGCGGAAUGUACCUUUUCCAUGAUGCCAAAAUUGGAAGGUCGUGCUAGGAUAGCGGCAAAGUUUUAUUCCAGAGAACUGGAAGACGUCGAUGGACAUUCGGAUAAUUUUAUAGUCAAACCGGCGAAAAUAGUCAAUUCUGAGUGAUUCGCAAUGCUUUCCAUGAUACUUUAGUAAAUAGUAAUUCGGCCUAUCAUUUUUUUAUUUUUGAUUUAUAUUUACAUUUAGAUUCUUAUUAAUAAUGUA